AUGCAUUUCUCAAGGAGCUUGCUUGCCUCUAUGGCACUCAUUUUGCCAGCAAUUGCCCUACCUGCAACUUCCGGUCAGAAUAAACUUCAACCAGCAGCUGAUGCAGUACCUGGAGAAUCCUCUCUCUUUGUCAACUAUGCCGGCAAGAAGUCACCGAUCGCCUCCGAAAGGAUGAAGACUAUCUCUGCAAGUAGCUCCGGCCCAGCUGGACCAGAUGAUCUUCUCUUUCAAAAUCUACUCAGCGCAGAAUGGAUCAUCUACUCUCUCUAUCAAGAAGCAGUAGACACCUUCUCACCCUCGGACUUCACCAAACUGGGUCUCCCAAACAACACCUACCAACGCAUCGUCGAGAUCCGUGACAACGAAGCCGGCCAUAUCCGUAUUUUUCAGGACCGGAUUUCCACAAACUCUAUCAAACCUGGCCCUUGUCAAUAUGAAUUCGGCUUUAAUACCAGCGCCAGCGCCUUCCUCGCAUUACAGGUCUACAUCGAAGUCUCAAGCAUGGUCUUCCUCACAGGCCUUUCCCUCCAAGCCGAAGCAAACAUCUCCAAGUCCGCACUGAUGGCGAUCGGUCAAGUUGAAACACGUCACAAUACCUGGGCACUCCUCGAUAUCUACAAUACCGAUCCAUUCUCUGGACCCUCGGAUACAAUUUACCCCUACGCCAACCAAAUCCUAGACAUGACAAACGCAUUCAUUGUUCCGGGUAGCUGUCCUGCCGAAAAUCCCAUAUACCCAACACCCCGCCAAGGUCUUCCCCGAAUCAAUAUCGUCGGAAAUGGAACAACCGCGCGCCCUGGCUCAGAUAUCAAGCUCGUUUUCGAGCCUUUGGAUAAUCAGCCUAAGUUCGAGAUUGGGAAAGAUUAUUAUGCUAUUCUUUAUCACGGUUUGGACACUGUGAGUGUGCCAUAUAAUCCCAAGCAAAAUAGUGUCAAGAUUCCGAAGCAGUUUGAUUCCGAGGUCGGGAUUAUUCUGGUUUCUAUCGCGGAUGAGAGGGAUGCGCCCACAGAGGAAAGUGUUGUGGCUGGGCCUUUGAUUAUUUUGGAGCAGCCCGGAGUACUUACGCUGAAAGAGCCUUAUGUUGACUAA